AUGAAGUUUGGCCACCACCUGAGAACCUCACUAUAUCCAGAGUGGACCUUUUAUUAUCUUGCAUAUGACGAUCUAAAACGUGAACUCAAAGUUCGCACACGUAACAAGAGAAGUUGGACCGAGGAGGAUGAGGUGAAGUUUGUAGAAUUACUCGAAAAAGAACUCGACAAAGUUUUUACAUUUCAAACAGUGAAAUCGGGUGAGAUAAAUCGGCGAAUUCAAUACUCUGAAAAAGAGAUUAGCGAUAUAACGCAAUCGAAAACCGUGACUGAAGAUGUUUAUAUCGCGUUAGAGCAAGAGCUGUCUAUGAUUAUCGCCGAUGUGCAUGAUCUCGCAAAGUUUACCCGUUUGAAUUAUACAGGUUUUCUAAAGAUUAUAAAGAAACAUGACAAACAAACAAAAUGGGUUCUAAAGCCAAUGUACUUGGCGCGUCUAAAUCAAAAACCAUUUUAUAAAGAAAACUAUGAUGCACUGAUUGUCAAACUUUCACGUCUUUAUGACAUUGUUCGAACACGCGGGAAACCUGUAAAAGGAAACGCGGCGGCUGGUGGAUCGCAACAAAACUUUGUUCGUAACACUCGGAAAUAUUGGGUUCAUCCAGAUAACAUCACUGAACUGAAACUCUUGAUCCUAAAACAUCUCCCUGUACUCGUAUUUAAUGCCAAUAAAGAAUUCGAACCUGCUGAUUCGGCAAUCUCGUCAAUUUAUUUCGAUAAUGAUGAUUUUGAAUUGUAUCUUGGUCGUCUGGAAAAGACCGAGGGUGCGGAAGCAAUACGAUUGCGGUGGUAUGGUGACAUGGAUAAUCGCGAAAUCUUUGUUGAACGUAAAACGCAUCGAGAAGAUUGGACUGGGGAGAAAUCAGUGAAAGCGAGAUUUCCAAUCAAAGGAAAAUAUGUCAAUAAAUAUCUUCGUGGAGAGUAUUCGAUGGAUAAAGCUCUGCAAAAACUAAAAACUAAAAAGGGAAAGGGAGAUAAAGAGAUUGAGAGUUUAUCACGUUUAGCCAAUGAGAUCCAAUACACGACUAUUACUAAAAAAUUGAAACCAGUUCUUCGUACGUUUUAUAAUCGUACAGCUUUUCAAUUACCUGGUGACGCUCGUGUACGUAUAUCACUCGACACUGAACUUACUAUGAUACGUGAAGAUAAUUUUGAGGGUCUCUCCAAUAAUCGUUCAGGAAAUAAUUGGCGAAGAACUGAUAUUGGAAUCGAUUAUCCAUUUGAUCAACUCCCAGAGGGAGACAUCACAAGAUUCCCGUAUGCUGUGCUGGAAGUGAAAUUACAAACUCAAUCUGGUCAAGAACCACCACAAUGGGUUCAAGAGCUAAAGGAUAGUCAUUUGGUUGAAGAAGUCCACAAGUUUUCUAAGUUUAUUCAUGGCGUAGCCACUUUAAUGGAAAAUCGCCGUAUUCAACUUUUACCAUUCUGGCUCGCUCAAAUGGAUACUGAUAUACGUAAACCGCAAAGCAGAUUUCGUAUUCAACGUCCAGGCUUAUCUUCCGAUGGAGGAGUAACUACGCCUGCCAUAGAAUCAACGAAACAUUUAGGUUAUGAUGACGAAGGAAAGAUUGAAGUAGUCACAGAGGAACCAAGUGAAGGAACACCUCUAUUUGCGCGAGACGGACGUCACGAGCCAUCAACAUCAUAUCAAAACGGGGGCAUGGCAUCACAAUCCAAACUUUUCACAUAUUCACCCAUGCCAAUUAACGCUGAAUACAAAGGAAAACGUGUAGCUGUGCCUGUACGCAUAGAACCAAAAGUGUACUUCGCAAACGAGAGAACAUUUCUCUCGUGGUUGAAUUUCUCGGUUAUUCUUGGUGGUCUAGCAGUCGGAUUACUAAACUUUGGUGAUAAAAUCGCACGGAUCGCUGCUGGAAUGUUCACCAGCGUAGCAUUAAUGAUAAUGAUGUACGCGUUAUGGACCUACCAUUGGCGUGCUAGACGGAUUCGCAACAAGGAACCAGGACCAUAUGAUGAUCGUGUUGGUCCUACGAUACUUUGUGGUGCAUUACUGAUAGCAGUUGUAGUCAAUUUUUAUCUACGGUUUAUGGUGGCUGAAUAA